AGUCUUUUGUGCAUUGCUUUUUAACCACUGGAAAAGAAAAAUCAACAAGAGAAAAGUCCCUAUCCACCCCCCUUUGAUCAAUUAUACCUUCAAAAUUUGGGUGUGGACAAAAGUAUUAGUCCAACUCUUUCUUUGUGGAAACUAGUAGCUAAAUCAGUCUACAAGGGAAACAAACAAGGAAAAGAAAAGGUACAGGGGAAAUGAAAAGCAUGAAGGGAGGAAUUCUAAGGAAAAUCAAGUCCAUUCCAUCAUUAACUUCGUUGAAACACAACCUAGUUUUCCAAGUAAAUCGUCCAAUCCAAUACUUCCAAAGUCACCUAACAGCAAACGAAGAACAUGACAAUGACAUCCCUCCUGAGAUGUUUUGUCAAAACAAUAGUUCUGAUCUUGCAAAGGAUGUCCGAAAAGGAAAACUCCAUACCAACCAAAGUUCAAAGGACAUGAUGUCUACCACAGAUAACAGUAAAAUGGAAAACACUUCAACAUGGGAGACUCAUUCUUGUACAACUGUUCCAUUGUCUGAGCAUGAAGUACAAAUCUUAACAUCUACUCCUCAAACUCUACCAGAAUAUUCAGAUACCAUGGAGAAAAGUAACUCCAAAGACGAGGAAAACAGAGUCUUGGAACUCUCACCACUGUCUAAUUUCGAAGAGAAGUGUCCACCGGGAGGAAGUGACAAAGUAAUUUUCUACACAACAAGUCUAAGAGGGAUCAGGAAAACGUUCGAGGACUGCAACAUAAUCCGGUUUCUGCUAGAAAGCUUUCGAGUUGUCUACUACGAGAGAGAUGUAUCGAUGCACGUUGAAUACAGAGAGGAGUUGUGGAAGAUUCUUGAUGGAAGAGUAGUCCCUCCAAGAAUAUUUAUUAGAGGCAGGGACAUUGGUGGAGCUGAUGAAGUUGUAGGAUUGCAUGAACAAGGAAUAUUAAAGAAACUUUUACAUGGGAUUCCUUUACUUCCUUUAACUUCUCCAUGUAAAGGGUGUUGUGGGAUUAGGUUUGUUUUGUGUUUCAAUUGCCAUGGAAGCUGCAAAAUUACUGAUUCAGAAGGGAAAGCUAAUGAAUUUCCAAGUCGAUGCCCCGAAUGUAACGAAAAUGGACUGAUCAAGUGCCCAAUUUGUAGCUAAUUAUUGGCCAUGUUCUUGUAAAUAUGUUAUCUUAUGGGAAGAUGUAUUAUGUUUAUGAUUUACUUAGAAUCAUUGCAAGGGUUUAAACAUCUAUUGAUCCUAUUCCUAUUAUCAGUUGAUUAGUUUUAGGCCUUGAGGUUUUUUCUCCCUCCCAUUUCACUGAUA